UGUAGUUAAAAACCACGCCAUACAAAUCAGAACACGUCGCUUGCGGACACCGGGAGCUUUUCUACUUGAUCUUGGUUGUACUUUUCUACUUUGUCAAAAUGUCGGCAGAAUUCACAACAGCAGCAGAAGAGGUGAAGAAUUUAAAAGAAAAACCAGCAGAUGCAGAAAUGUUGGAAAUUUAUGCUCUAUAUAAACAGGCUACAGUAGGAGAUGUUAAUACCACACGACCAGGCAUGUUAGAUUUCACUGGUAAAGCUAAAUGGGAUGCAUGGGAGGCUAAAAAAGGAACAAGUAAAGAAGAUGCAGAAAAGGCCUACAUUGCCAAGGUAGCUGAAUUAAAAGGAAAAUAUGGAAUGAAAUAACUGAAGAUCUUGGUUUAGUCAAGUUCAAAUGAUUUUUCCGCAUGUCAUCUUUUUUUUAUUUCACCCUAUUUAUUUUUUGUUCAUUUUUUUUUUAAUCAUAAUCAUAAUGAUCGAUUAAAAUAUCAAUUAUAUCAUUACAAGGAUGUAAUUUUAAAAAGGUAAAAGGUUCAUCCCAGUUUGAAAAUUAAACAAUGUAUGUGGUACAGUCCCUUUAGUAUUGUGAUAGAGAAACAUUUGUCCAAAAAUUUGCGUAAAAAGCUGAUAGAGCUGAAUGUCAGCAAUGCAUAACGUCUAAACUUUGCCAGUACAUGUUAAAUUGUAGUCGAACAUGAUGCCCAAAUUUAAUUUUACAAAGUGACAGAGCUAACUGAAAUUUACUCUGCAAGCUAAUAUAGUGAACAGACAAUCGUUUCUCUUAAGGGCAAAUCAGUCAAUCAUGAUGUUGGAAAUUUAUUUUCUUUUUAAAUGGUUAAAGUGCUUCUUGUUAAUUUUUUUCAUAAUUUUUCAUAAAUUUGUUCAUGAUAUAGAUUUUGGUCUUAUGAAAGCAUACUUUUUUUUUUACUUUUUCUAUGAUGAAAUAAUAAAUGUUAUUAAAUUCUUGAAAAGAGUAAAAUAUUUCUUAAAUGUUUAUCAGUCAACAGCUUUCUGUGUGGAUUAUAUUGUUGGUACACUAGUCUGUCAGUAAAUGUGGAUAAAAAAGAUCACUGUCUCUGUUCUUCUAAUAGAUUUCAUGUACAUGUAUUAUACUUUAGAAAGC